ACCACAUGCGCAGGCAGGUGAUGGCGGCGCUGGUUGUAUCCGGGGCAGCGGAGCAGGGCGGCCGAAACGGCCCUGGCAGAGGUCGGGCCCCUCGGGGCCGCGUGGCCAAUCAGAUCCCCCCUGAGAUCCUGAAGAACCCUCAGCUGCAGGCAGCAAUGCGGGUCCUGCCUUCCAACUACAACUUUGAGAUCCCCAAGACCAUCUGGAGGAUCCAACAAGCCCAGGCCAAGAAGGUGGCCUUGCAGAUGCCGGAAGGCCUCCUCCUCUUUGCCUGUACCAUUGUGGAUAUCUUGGAAAGGUUCACGGAGGCCGAAGUGAUGGUGAUGGGUGACGUGACCUACGGGGCUUGCUGUGUGGAUGACUUCACAGCGAGGGCCCUGGGAGCUGACUUCUUGGUGCACUACGGCCACAGUUGCCUGAGUAUGGUGGGGCCAGGACACCUGGACGGUGGCGGGGCUGGCAGGGAGGCAGGCUGCACAUUCAUCUUCCCCAUGGCAGUGCCUUCUUGUCCUGCUUGGAGACACAAGGUCCCUCCUGGUUUCUGGGGUGGCCUCUGCCUUCCCGCUCUGCAGUUCCCAUGGACACCUCGGCCCAAGACUUCCGGGUGCUGUACGUCUUUGUGGACAUCCGGAUAGACACUACGCACCUCCUGGACUCUCUCCGCCUCACCUUUCCCCCAGCCACUGCCCUUGCCCUGGUCAGCACCAUUCAGUUUGUGUCGACCUUGCAGGCAGCCGCCCAGGAGCUGAAAGCCGAGUAUCGUGUGAGUGUCCCACAGUGCAAGCCCCUGUCCCCUGGAGAGAUCCUGGGCUGCACAUCCCCCCGACUGUCCAAAGAGGUGGAGGCCGUUGUGUAUCUUGGAGAUGGCCGCUUCCAUCUGGAGUCUGUCAUGAUUGCCAACCCCAAUGUCCCCGCUUACCGGUAUGACCCAUAUAGCAAAGUCCUAUCCAGAGAACACUAUGACCACCAGCGCAUGCAGGCUGCUCGCCAAGAAGCCAUAGCCACUGCCCGCUCAGCUAAGUCCUGGGGCCUUAUUCUGGGCACUUUGGGCCGCCAGGGCAGUCCUAAGAUCCUGGAGCACCUGGAAUCUCAACUCCGAGCCUUGGGCCUUUCCUUUGUGAGGCUGCUGCUCUCUGAGAUCUUCCCCAGCAAGCUUAGCCUACUUCCCGAGGUGGAUGUGUGGGUGCAGGUGGCAUGUCCACGUCUCUCCAUUGACUGGGGCACAGCCUUCCCCAAGCCGCUGCUGACACCCUAUGAGGCGGCCGUGGCUCUGAGGGACAUUUCCUGGCAGCAGCCCUACCCGAUGGACUUCUACGCUGGCAGCUCUUUGGGGCCCUGGACGGUGAACCACGGCCAGGACCGCCGUCCCCACGCCCCGGGCCGGCCCGCGCGGGGGAAGGUGCAGGAGGGGUCCGCGCGUCCCCCUUCAGCCGUGGCUUGCGAGGAUUGCAGCUGCAGGGACGAGAAGGUGGCGCCGCUGGCUCCUUGACGUGCUCAGGGGCCUCAGGGUCCUGCCCUCCGGAGGAGCAGCCUCGAGGCUGGUGGUUUUCAGAGCAGGAGGCCGACGUUUUCUCCGCAUUGGAAGAGCCCGCCGUAUGCAGGGGCCUGGAGGAAUCACUGGGGAUGGUGGCACAGGCACUGAACAGGCUGGGGCCUUUUGACGGCCUUCUUGGUUUCAGCCAAGGGGCUGCGCUAGCAGCCCUUGUGUGUGCCCUGGGCCAGGCAGGCGAUCCCCGCUUCCCCUUGCCACGGUUUAUCAUCUUGGUGUCUGGUUUCUGUCCCCGGGGCAUUGGGUUCAAGGAAUCCAUCCUGCAAAGGCCCUUGUCAUUGCCUUCGCUCCAUGUUUUUGGGGACACUGACAAAGUCAUCCCCUCUCAGGAGAGUAUGCAACUGGCCAGCCAAUUUCCCGGAGCCAUCACCCUCACCCACUCUGGUGGCCACUUCAUUCCAGCAGCUGCACCCCAGCGUCAGGCCUACCUCAAGUUCUUGGACCAGUUUGCAGAGUGAAAGAUCAAGAAAUGUCUCUGUUCCUACAUCCAGCUCCUCUAGGGGCAGCCUCCGUCAUCCAUGCCCUCCCAGGACCCUCCACUCACUGCUGUGAGUGCGCCUCACCAGAACCAGUUAAGAGACAACUAUCAAUUCUUGAGACCCAAAUUAUAAGGGCCCUGCCCUGUACUGAAGAAAAGGGGAGCACAAGGCCUUAAUGGACAUUGACCUGUGAAAACGCAAACAUGAAUAUGGUUGGAGAGCCCUGGAUUAGGAGGCUGACAUGGGGAAGGCAGAGGCUGGCACCAUGGUGACUGCCACAUAAUAAAGUGGUGAUUUGGA